AUGGAAAAAAAAAAAAUAUUGGUAACCUUUUUCACUUUCCUAUUUAUUAUUUUUGGUUUAAGCUAUGAGAGAAAACUAAAAUCAAACAAACUUAAGUAUAGUAUAAAUAAUUUACAAUUUGGUGUAAAUUUAGAUGAAAAAGAAAAUGAAUAUAACAGAAAAAUUGAUAGUGUAGAAAAUAAAGUUCAAAAGAAAUCUUAUUUACUUAAAAAUAUAUCAUCUGUAAAUUCAGAAAAUUCUAAAGUUAAUAAGAGACAACCAUAUCUUGUAUAUACAAAAAAAAAUGUACCCCAUUUUGAUGAAAUAAGUGACGUUAAAGAAGAUAAAAAAAAGAAAAAUACUAAUAGUAUUACAAAUUUUUUUAUUCAAAGUAGAAGUUCAUUAUCAAAUGAUGCCAAUUUUAUUGAUGAUUAUAAAAAAUUAAACACCUCAGUUACUGAUCAUAUAUUAAGAGCAAAAGAAAAUUAUAUUUUAGGACUUUCUUAUGUUGAUGUUGGUUCUUUUUACAUGAUUAAAGAAAAAAAAGAAAGUCAUGAGAAAUUUAGGAAAAAUCAUGAAAAAACAAUGUGGGAUUUUCAUAAAUGUUCCUUAAAAAUUGUGAAUUUCUAUAUUAAUACUAAAUAUGACAUGAUAAAUAAACUAGGUUAUUUGCUAUUAGUAGAAAAAGAUGUAGAAAGAUAUAAUUCAUAUAAAAAGGAGCUUCAAAAUAUCAAAUUAAAAAUAGAAGAGGAUGUAAAAUCUACAGAAAAUGAUGAUAUCAAUUGUACAAAAACAAAGGAUAUUGUUUAUGAUGCUUUAGGUCAUAGCAUAAACGAAGCAUAUUGUGAUGCCUCUACAUGUAAUAUUGAAAAAUGCAAAAAUGUUUGUUGCCCUAAUAAAUGUUGUUAUGAGUUAAAUUGUUUCUAUACAAGAAUAUUUGUAAGUUAUGCGCAAAUAGCAAAAAAAAAAAUAAAUAAAAAUAGAGAUAAUGAAUUUAUACAAGAAGUUGAUAAUUUCUUAAAUUCUUAUGAAUCCAAUGAAAUUAAAAAAAGCAGCUUUAAUAAAAAGUCACUUAAAAAUUAUUUAGAUUUACUAAUUGAAGAAGUAAAAGGUAUUAAAAAUGAUUAUGAGGAACAAAAAAAACUUGCAUAUCAGAGUUAUGAUAAGUUCUUGGCUCUAGAGAAAGGUGCUCCUAAAAUGACUUUUUCUAAGUCGAACCUUGUGAAUGAUCUUGCUCCUGCUUCAAUUGAAUUUAAGAAGACCUUCCAUUAUGCAGAUUGGAACGAAAUAUUAAGAGAUAAAUUUUAUGAUCAUAAAAUUAAUUUUUAUAUUUACUUUUAUGGUUUAUAA